GAUCACCAACUCACCCGUGGCAGACAUCGCGGUGGUCUGGGCCAAGUGUGAGGAUGGCAGGAUCAGAGGCUUCAUCCUGGAGCGUGGCAUGAAGGGCCUGGCAACGCCUAAGAUCGAGGGCAAGUUCUCUCUGCGGGCGUCGGCCACAGGCAUGAUCCUGAUGGACGAGGUGGAGGUGCCCCAAGAGAAUAUGUUGCCCAACGUCUCUGGACUGGCUGGUCCCUUCGGCUGCCUGAAUAACGCCCGCUACGGUAUCGCCUGGGGAGCUCUAGGUGCUGCCGAGUUCUGCUUCCACGCUGCCCGCCAGUACACACUGGACAGGAUCCAGUUUGGCGUGCCCCUGGCCAGGAACCAGCUGAUGCAGAAGAAGAUGGCUGACAUGCUGACAGAGAUCACCAUCGGCCUGCAGUCCUGUCUGGUCCUAGGCAGACUCAUCGAUGACAAGAAAGCGGCCCCUGAGAUGAUCUCCAUGCUGAAGAGGAACAGCUGUGGGAAGUCCCUGGACAUCGCCAGGCAGGCCCGAGACAUGUUGGGAGGCAACGGCAUCGCAGACGAGUACCACAUUAUCAGACACGUCAUGAACCUGGAGGCCGUCAACACAUACGAAGGUACCCAUGACAUCCAUGCCUUGAUCCUGGGCCGAGCCAUCACUGGACUGCAGUCAUUCACUGUUGAGAAGUAAACUCUCCUCCUUGUCCUAUUACAACGGACUGAAUAACGGACUUAAAGUAGACUGGGAAAGCCUUGAGCGACCCAUCUAUCUGCCUUCUGAGAAGUAAUCACUGAGGGUGUGUGCCUGACUGCUGAUGGACUUCCAUCCCCAAGUGCCUCUGUUUGGUGAGAGAAUAUUCAAGUAAAAGUCAACCUGAAAGAAACACUGGGUCCAAAUAUGAGACGGUUGUGUUUUGCUUAUGUACCUGUACUCAAUCAAUCGACGAUUGAAAUACAAUGUCAGCUUGAAUGCUGAUACAGUAGCUUCAGUCUCCUACUACGAAGUGAUGUCACAAUGGCAUGUAGCAUGUUGAUAAGGGAUCUGUAUAGAUUAGAAAAAUAUGUUAUGGAAUAAGUUAACUUAAUGGGUGAGAGGUUGUACAGUAUGUAUGUGUAUCUUUAGAGAUUUGUUUACAACUGGUCUAUUUGAUUUAUUUCUAGGUGAAAGAAAUGAACUGUACAUAAAGCAUAUUUUGAAAUUA